AUGUACUAGACUUUUAUCUGAACAAGUUCAACAAAUAUUAAAUGAUGGACGAUGUGUAUUAACACUUGGAGGAGAUCACAGCGUAGGCAUUGGUACUAUAGAUGGUCAUGUUAAAGUAUGCUUUAAAAAAAAAUAAUUUGUUUUCAACGAAUAAUAUAUAAUAGACAUUAAAUUAACUUUUUAUCAUUAUAGGCAAUGAAAGAUGUUGCAGUACUAUGGGUCGAUGCGCAUGCUGAUUUAAAUACUAAUAAAACUAGUGGAAGUGGAAAUGUUCAUGGAAUGCCUGUAGCAUUAUUAACAACUGAACUUUCUGAUUACUGGCCACAUUUACCUGGAAUGGAUUGGCAACAACCAAUGUUAUCUAUUAGAAAUGUGGCUUACAUUGGAUUAAGAUCUGUAGAUAGUUAUGAAAGAUUAGUUAUUGAAAAAUUUGGUAUUUCUGCUUUUGGAAUGGAAGAUGUUGAAAGAUUUGGUAUUCAUAAUACAAUUUCUAUGGCAUUGGACAGAAUUGAUCCUGAAGGAGUAAAAUCAUUGCAUGUUAGUUUUGAUAUUGAUUCUCUAGAUCCUUUGGAAGCUCCAAGUACAGGAACUGCAGUACGUGGUGGAUUAACUCUUCGAGAGGCAAUUCAUAUAAUGGAAGAAGUGCAUAGAACGCAUAGAUUAAAUGCUAUUGAUUUAGUAGAAGUAAAUCCUUAUAUCGGUGAUCAACGUGAUGUUAAAUUAACUACAGAGGCUGCAAUAUAUAUUAUACAAGCUGCUUUAGGAUAUACUAGACGUGGUUUGAAAGUUCCUAAAGGCAUUACUGAUAUGCCAUUACAAACAUUUAGAUAACAUGGAAAUAAACAUCUAUUUUAUUGCGAACAUAAAUGUCCUUUUUUUUAUAUACAUAAACAAAUAUUAAUUACAUUAGAGUCAUUUUUUAUAAUUAAUAUAUUACAAAUCUAACUAUGAUAUAUUCGGCACAAAUGAACUGUCAUCUUUGAUCACAAAUACUUUAUUAGGUAUUUCUUUAAUCGUCAGUUCUACCUUAUAAAUAUUGGCAAUCAAUUUUUUCUCAGAAUCUUCAUCUACAAAAGCUUCGAUACGUAAUUCCCCAGAUUUUUCAGAUCCCUUGACAGGAACUGUAAGCCAAGUAAUAUUUUUCUCUGAUCCAUUUUUUUUCUCAUCACUUAUAUUCACUCUUUUUUCUUGUAUUGGAAUUCCUAACAAAUCUAAUGCUUUUGGAUGAUUGUAUAAAUAUUGCAUUCCAUCUUUAUACAGUUUAAUUUCACGAAGCUCAUUCUGUAAUUUGAAGCGAAAUGCAUAUCCCAUUCCAGCUACUGUAAAACCAGUAAUACUAGCAAUUUUUGCUAACGUUUGAAGGGAGAUCAUCUGCACCAAAUAAAUGAUUUGUGUUACUGAAAUGCUUUAUAAAUAAAUGCUGAUAAAUAGAAAAAAAAAAAAAAAAAUAGAUUAUUUUCUUAUUCUAACACAAAUUUUACCUGAAACAGAUUUCAUUUCCUUAAUUUAUUAAUUUAAAUUAUAUUUGUAUAGGAGAAAUUAAAACAAAAAAAGUUGUUUAAUUUCCAACAUUACCUUUGUAAUGUUGCUUCGAAAAUUUGAGGUUACGUCACAUCUGUACGAUUCCUAAUUUAUUAGUUUAGUAAUUUAUAAAAAUAUUAUCAUGUAGAUAACGUAAAUAUUAAAAAAAAAAAAAAGCUAUUAGCUAUUUCGAAUCAACUAUUUUGAAAAAUUAUAUAUUAACAUGCAUCAAAUAUUUACAUAUAGAUCGUUCAAUACAUUUUUAUAUCACUAUCUUAUUUGGCAUAGAGAGACAAGAGAUCGAUAUAUGCGACUUCAGCGACAAGUACGGACAAACUAUGAACUAUAAGCACAAGCAGGGAACUAUACACCUCUUAUGGAUAACCUAAGAAUCGAGUUAGUCUAUGACAAAAAUUUUUGUAAUUUUUUCAAAAAAAAAAAAAAAAAAAAAAAAAAAAAAAAAAAAAAAAAACUCCGAAAGUUUGAAAAAAAUCAUAUCCUUGCUUGAACCUUCGUCUUUAAAAUGAGACCUUGUUCAUCGAAAUCGUCCAAAAAUUAUACUUAUACUCGUUUUUAUGGCAAGAACGAAUCAACGACGUUUGUUGGUACAUGGGAGUAAAUCGAAGAAGAGAAUAAAAAAACUGAAUCUAGCUACUAUUAUUAGCAUUGUGAUUUCUUUUAUUUAUUCAUUUAUUUAUUUCGUUUUCUCUUGCGCGUAACAUUCUUAAUCGAUCGAUUAUUUCUAAACAUACUGGCGUUACAACAAUUUACACACUAGGCUUAAGAAAUGUAUGUGCAAUUUUGAGUAGAAACUAAUUCUACAAGUAGCUUUUGCUUGCAUUUGUAAGUAAUUUAUAUUUUUAAUUCUUUUUAACUACUGCCAUAAAUUCCGAUCCGGAUAUAGUAUCGUCUUCAUUUCUUUUUAUAUAUACAAAAGAUUACAAAAACUGAACCAAUACAAAUCUCAUGUGGUGUCGUAUAUAUAUAUAUAUAUAUAUAUAUAUAUAUAUAUAUAUAUACACAUAUAUAUAUAAAUAUAUAUAAAUGAAUAUAUUUUGUAUUAUGCAUAAAUAUGCAUCACAGUAGUUCCAUAAAACAUGUACACUUGUGAU